GGCGGCCCCGGGAGCCGCGGGCGGGGAAAAGGGCCCGGGCGGGAGGAGCCGCCUCGCGCCGACAACAUGGCAGCGUCCAGCCGGGCCCAGGUGUUGCGGCUGUACCGGGAUCUGCUGCGAGAGAGCCAGCGCUUCAGCAGCUACAACUACAGGACAUAUGCCAUCAGAAGGAUAAGAGACGCCUUCAGAGAAAACAAGAGUAUAAAGGAUUCUGAAAAAAUAGAAGAACUAGUGAAUAAAGCAAAAGAAAACCUAGAGAUUAUUCAUCGGCAGGUCACUAUCGGCCAGAUGUAUUCCACACAGAAACUGGUUAUUGAGAGUCCAGGAAACACAUAGCUGUAAGAAGACACUGACCCUGAAGCAACCCUGGACCAUCUUCAGCAUCUUUCAGUGCCACAUACAGAUGCAUAACGUCACUGCACAUCUGACCUAUUCUGUUCAGCAGAAGAAAUGUCUGAGAGACUCUGUUUUUGGCAACCAAAGUA